AUGGCAGGACUUUACGCAGACCGUGUGAUUAUACUGCGAUCUGAUGGAGAGUCCUCAGUGUUCAGUGGCAGAUUCUCACUGAAGGAUAAUCCUCAGACCAGAUCAUUUACAGUGACCAUCAGUGACCUGAAGAUGGACGAUGCUGGACCGUACGGCUGUGGAGCUGGAUGGGGACCCCGCCUAGACAUCCAGCUAAAUCGACACAUUCACAGUCACUGGUGUUUCUCUCUGUCAGCGACUCAUCACACAGAAACUGAAACAACAACAGGAAAUACUUCAGUUCAACUCCAUCAGCCUAACACUACGUCGCCUUCAGAUCUGGCUUCUGUUGCUGGCGGUCUGGGUUCGGUUCUGCUGGUUCUGACUCUGUGUUCUGGAACCUUCAUCAUCCUGAAGAAGAGGAAGAGGAAAUAUGGGACAGCUUUAUUUCAGCAAAACAUGCAGCACAAUACAGAGACUGGCCGCAUAUAUGAAGAGAUUCCAAACAGUGAUGUCACCACGGUAACGUCUUCAUCCAAUCAGACGCCUGCAUCUUCAUCCAAUCAGACGCCUGCAUCACACCUCAACAACUGCACAAAUGUCUCUAUUAUUUACGCCACAGUAACCAAUCAGCAGCCUGAUUCAAACCCCAGUCACACCCACUCGACCAAUCAGGCGACAGAUACAGCCGAUGACUAUUAUGGCAAUAUAAAGUGUCCUGAAGCAACACAGGACAGCGGGACAGAACUGAUCUACGUAACAGCAACACAUCCUCAAAACAUCACAACGCAUCCGCAGAACGUCACAACACACGAGGGUCCGAUAUAUUCAGUGAUCAACCGUAAAUGAAAAUGUCUGUCCAAAAACAUUUAGACUGAUGAUCCAAGAGAAAAUAAAAUCGUGUACAGUCUAAAUUUCUUACACUGAAUCUAUACUUUUGACACA